CCCCCUUCCCCUCGCCUGACGAGCCGGAGUCAGUCCGAGUGAGCGUCUCGUUGAGACUGGACCGAGAGAGCCGACACGUCCCCGUCGUUCGUCCCGGUGACCGCGUCCUCCACGUGGCCGUCAUGUUCAUCGCCGAGACCAUCUACAUGAAGCCCGCAAGGGCUUUUUGUGCCUGGGCCACUGACAACGCCAUGCUCGGCUAACGGGCCUGACUUGCCCCUGCCACACCGUUGCUGCACCGACCACCCGACCGGCCCGCCCUCGCCGUCACCAUGAAGCUGGACGCCUUCUCCUUGCCUCGCCGCUGCCUCUGCACGGCGCCCCAUCACCCUCCCUGUGAUGUGCUAGUGAUGUGGUGUUGUGAUACCUAUCGGACGCCUUUGCGCCGUAGUGAAGUGUGUAUGCGCCUCGGCGCGACGCUGUGACGCAGUGUAGUGGAAGGGGGACGCCCCGACCCACUCUCUUUGUUGCUGAUGCCGUUUUACGAUGAAGAUUGGCAGGCAAAGGAAAUGUCAGAUUUGGUUGCGGGUAUUGGUGAAUUCAGUACAGAGGCAGAUGUAAAUUUGCUGGCAGCACGUCAUUGUGAAGAUCAGAAUAUGAUCCAAGCAAAGAUUAACAGCCAAAUUGACUCCUUGCAAGAAACUCAAAGGCGAGAGUAUCGUGAUUGGUUAAUGAAAUUACUUGAAGAGCAAGCUGAAGAGGCAUCCAGUGUCACUCCUCCAACACCAUCUCCAACUCAUAUAGUACGUCAUCUGUCAAAUGAUGUGUCAUCUAAAGACAAGGGUAAAGGAGGCAGUGACAUAAGCUCUGAUGUUGGAAAUAAUCCAGGCCUUGAAGAAAGCUUUACUAUCCAUCUUGGAUCUCAGAUGAAGCAAAUGCAUAACAUUCGUAUUAUGUCUGCUGAUGUUUUACAUCUCUGUAAAACACAUCUUUCCUCAAAAGGAGGCAUGGAUAUGCAGCCUCAAAGACUUCAGACAGCUUUAGCUCUGUACUCCAAUGACUUGUGUGGUCUUGUACUAUUAACCGAUGGUUUGAUAUCUUCUUUUUCUGGCACAACCAAAGAUUUUAUAAGUGUAUGCCAGCAGUCCACUGAAUUUCACUUCCCAUCCAUUGAUGACCAACUAGAAAAAAUUCGUGAAGGUGUCAAAGAGACAGUAGCCCGGAGACAAGAGCACUGGAUUGCAGAGAACUUAUCAAUUUCUAGCCAACAAUGGCGGCGUGCUUCAAGUUCUGGUGCUCUUCGAUCUGUGGCCGUGGCCGUGGCCGUCGCGUUCAGGACCCCGAGAUUUGCUUGCAGCACAUUUCUGUUGAUCUCAACAAAUUGUCUCGCGACGCGCUCCUCUGCGAGCUCUUCGGCCCGCUCCGCGGCGCGCGCGUCCACGAGCGCCUGGAAGCGCCCAUCGUGGCGCGCUAAGUUGAACGCGUCAGCCGCAGCCGCGGCGGCACGCUCCUCGGCUUCCCUGGCUUGCGUCCGCGCCACGGCACGGAGUCACAGUGACUCCAUGUUGGCCAUCAUCUCCAGUACCCUGGUGUUGGCUCGCAGCACUUCUCGGUUGGUCUCCAAGAAGCGCCUCGCGAUUUGCUGCUCCGCGAGCUCCGCGGCGCUCUCGUUGACGAGCGCCUUGAAGCGCGGAUCGUGCCGCGCGGCGUCGAAGGCCUCACGGCGCACCUCGGCCGCCUCAGCCUGAGCCGCCCUGAUGGCCACCUCGGCGCGCUCAAGGCGAGCCUCGGCUUGCAUCGCCGUGGCAUUGGCCUCCUUGGCUCGCGUCCCCUCUUCCUUGGCUUGGGCUCGCGGAAGUCCGACCUGGUCCUCGAGCUGGUCCUCCUUGACGCGGACUUGCAGCUGCCGCCCGGCGUCGGCGCGCUGCCGCUCCUCGUCGACGCGAACCUGCAGC